UGCUGAAGUGUGCACAUUCAAUCCGAAUGACGAUUGGUCAUCCAGUAACACUAUGAGUCCUGGAAUGCUUUACUUCAUAAUACAUCUUAGGGAUAGGACUGCAGCCCAGACGGUUGUAGACAUAGUUGUCCAGGAGAUGGAACAACUACAAGCAGAUGGUGCUCUGGAGAAUCAAAUUCAGACUGCAUUGGAUUCGGCACCAACAGAUGAAGAGGAAGAGCAAAACAUGCCUAUGUUUAUUUUCAUGAGAUAUGUAUACUUGUCAAAGUAUUAUGCUGGAGAUCUAUCUCAUUCUUACAAGACAAAUAUCCCGAAUCGCUUUCAAUGCGGCUAUUAUCAAGUUCUCAUUGAAGAGGUUUUUGCCUUGCCCUUGCAGUAACCAGUACUCUGUUCUUCAUUUGACAUGCUAAUAGGUUUUCUUUGUAUGUUUGAAUAUGUUAUUUUGAAUUUUGUGUUAGAACUGACUUCUUUGAAUCAUGCUUUGUUUACUUCUUAAACAAAUUUAAAAACUAUUAUAAGAGUUAGUUUGAUCA